AUGAAAAGCGCGGCUUCCGCGUAUUAUGAGCUGUACAAGCCCUCUAGAAGUACAUGCUCAGUAUCAACCGGAGGACAGGGGUACCUAUGGCAGCUGCCGCAGCAUGCCUGGGCACCCUUGGAAGGAGAGUGGCUCUCAGUGCAUCAACAGGGCCUCGUUGGUGAUCAGCAAAGCCUGAACCCCCGGGGGGAGAAGGAGCGCAGGAGGCAGGCCAUGGAUUUGGCGUCCCACCUCCGAGCCGCCUGCACAAACGGGAAAAGGCUAGACGCCUGUAAAACCUCUUUUUUCUCUUCUCCUGGUCCUUGGAAUGGCUGCUCUAAUGCUGAAGGAGGUCGAGAAAUAUCUCAAGAGAGCUCCACGCUUGAACAAGAGGCCUCUUACGUUUGUCUGUGCGUAUGGGUGAACUUGAGCGACUGUCUUCGGGGAUCCGCGUCUCGGGACCGCCCCGUUUCUUUUUCCAUCUCGUCAGCUGAAGCCUUCGUGCUCCAGCACCUGUUGCCUCUCUCCUUCCCUUUGCAGAGUAUUUCGCUGCUGCUUAAGGAGCCUCCCCCUGUGCUCACGCCUCUUGCCCUUGCCGUGAUUAAGCGGCCCUAUCAAUAUCAGGGGGGAGAGGCUCAGCUGAAGGCAGUACAGGGCAUGCAGCUCUCUGCGGCGGCGAAGUUAGCGAGUGAGGGGAGACACGGGGGGUUGCUAGCCUCCGCUUCGAGAGAAUGGCAGGCACUGAGAGCCAGCAUACUGAAUGCUACGGACUUAGAGGAAUGGCGACACUUCCUGGCUUUCGCCGCGGCUUUGUUGGAAGCGUCGCUACCGGGAGGCCUCAUGCAGCAGGCACAUGACCCCGCCUUCGAGGGUUCGCACGGGCUGUACGAGCUGCACCAGCGGCAGGAGAGGGAAAAAAUACAUAGCCGAUUGUGGCUUGAGGCAGUGGAAGCGGCCAUUAUGAGGGGCCCUUGCAUUUGUGGAGGCUGGGGGUGUCUCCUGCACUGUGCGCUUGCGCCCCAGGCAGCCACCGUCGCUCGCCACUUUGAUUUUGCUGCAGCGCGUGGGUGGGGUGUUAAGGUGGAUCCUGCUGUCGACGGCAAGGGAAGCGCAGCCUUUUCACAGCUACUGCACCGUGCCUGUGCUUCUCAGGGGCUUCAAGGGCGGCCGGUACAGCCACAAGCCGGCCCUAGCGUAGAUGCGCUUUCGACGGCUGCUUCCUUGAGAGCCUUGCACAGCUCAGAGGUCGCAUCUCCAGAGGACACACCACAGCAGCACACUCCAAAGAGCCAUCAGCCGCAGCAGCAAAAGGGACUGAGCAGUCCAUGUGCGGCCCCUUGCCCCUGCCGCUUGUGUGCAUUGUCUUCCCUCCAGCUGCACCGUGUGCUGUGUCUCCUCGACCCGCUGUCUCUCGCUGUCUUUUCCUGCACAUCUAAGGCGCACUGGGUAGCAGCGCAAGUUGUUGUGUCUGGCUUAGAGGCGGUUGGCUCUUCCUGGAUUCAUUCUCCGGGUGUCCGGCCCUUCUGGGAAGAGUCGGAUGGGGAAGAAGGCGGACUGCAGCGUAUACCGGGUAACUUACCAGCGGCAGCUAGGAGGGGGGCAGUUGCAGGUGGAAGAGGUCGCCGAAGCGCAACAGGAGGCCUGUUCAGACACCAGGUUCAUGCUCUGCUGUGGCUGAGACACCGCGAGAGACAAAACGCCCCCCAGCAGCCCCCAGCAGAUCUGCAUCAAUCGUGGCGUCUUCUUGGCAAUAGGCUCGCUGCGCAGAAAGUGGCUGAAGAGGGUAGCCGCGCCGAAAAGGUCGUGCGGCGGCUUAAGAGUGACCUACUUUCUCCUUCAGCCCCCUCCGGAGGCGGGAUUGGACGUGACGGAGAACUUGACUCUGAGACAGCUUGGCCGUGGCCUAGGCGAAAUGAUUGCCGCCCAGCAGAUGACUUGCUCAAGAACAUGUGCACUUGGAUUGAGCUGCCGCUCCCGCGCAGCAGCUGGCUAAGUGAAGCGCGUUCGAGGAGGGCGGCGCAAAAGGAGAACCUUACCGCGCUGCAAGCCGACAAAAGCAGCCCGGCAGCCCAGCCUCCAACGACUGCCUUUCGCGUCGAGGAAUCGCAAGGUUUGAGGCUCCUGCAGGGACAAGGGAAAUGUUUGCGCGUCUUUUCGAGCAGCCACCCCAAAGAUCUCGUGCUGCUAGGCGACCGUUGUGGCGCAGCGGAAGCAUGUACUACCUCCGCUGCUUCUAGUGCAGAGGGUGGCCCUGCGAUAUUGCUGCCACAUUUGCUAGAAACGGCUCAAUCUCGGGGAGACUUCUCUCUGUAUGUCGCUUCUGACUUGAAGGUUGCCCUUUUAGGAUACAGCGGUGGUUCCUUUGAAUCGUCGUAUGACCAGGAUGUUGAAGGGCGACGGCGGCAGCCAGAUGCUGCUUGUGUAGGGGGCAUGUUCUGCGAUGAUCCAGGACUAGGCAAGACGCUUUCCCUUCUCUCCUUGGCCGUUCUUUGUAAAUCCCGAAAGCACAUGCCCCCGCGCCAUGUAUGGCCUCCGCCAGCCUCCAUACCGUCUUCGACAUCGCAGGCAGCCGCAGAGCACGCCACGGAGGAAGUCUUGCAGGCUCCACUGAUGAGAAAAACUCGCACGCGGACAAGACAGGCCCGCAUGCUGGGAGGGGCUUCACGAACUGCAGGCAACCCCUGCAAGGCAAAAGUGCAUGACACAGCGGAUGAAAUAAAUUGCAGGGAGCAGCGAUGCCACCACAGUAUCACCCCAAAUACCUCGAGAUAUGCUGCAUCAGCCCUUCCUGCUUCGCCACCCCUGGGCAUCCUCGCUACGCAGUCUGGCUCUGCUCAUCACAGAUUGUCUAGAGACGAGAAUCUCUCGCUCGUCCAUAAUUUGUGGCGUAUCCCAUCUUCAACUGUCAGGGAGCACUUCCAAGGACGACGCGAACUCGACAUAGUCGAGACUCGCGGCAGAAUGCGUCAUCUUGUGGCUGAAAUCUACCCUGAGGCCGGCCUGUGGACUGCCUAUAUUUUCCAUAUGCAGACGUGCCUAUCAGAGGCAACGGGAACAUGGAGAUUCGUGAAGAUCGAUUUUCAGGCGUUGAGACUUUCUUUUGCUACAAUGAUUCGUGAAGAGUGCCUAGCGCACAUAGUGUCAAUUUGGUGGUACCUCCUGUGCUCUGCUUCCCCUGGACAGCCCACGUUCCCCCCCCAAGAACCCCUUCUGCCGAUCGAAGGUUCUCAGCGUCUCGCUGAAGACUUGUGCAGAGGGCGCGUGCUCAGCGAAUGGCAGCUAAAGGGGGGCGAGGAGAAGACAGCCGCUUUAAGGUCCAAGUUGCAGCGUAUCUACAGGGACCUCCAUAUUGACUCCACCAUUUCCAGACCAAAUCACCACGGGCUGAUGCUGUCCAGUCAGAUAAGUGACGCCGUCAGACAAGUGGAGCAGCAAACUGCGCAAGCGAAGAAGCUGCUCAGUGCGCGAGACGCAGAAAACACACUCGCGCUAGAGCCCAAUCCUUCUGUGCAGACACCGGGAGGAGCGCUGCAAGUGAAGAUGGAGGAAAGGCCCUGUGAAGGGAACCAAGAAGACUCUGCUUUAGCUUCCACAGAUCCACCCCCUCCUAAACGUCAAUGCCGGAGUCCAGCAGCAUGCGUAACAGAGGCAAAGGCGGGUGUAGAAGCACCCACACCACCUUCGUCAACAUCCGUCCCAGGCAGCUCUCCUGAUCAAGCCACCCUAUCUCACGUUCCUUUGCUGAGGGGCAGAAUCUUGCGGUCGCCUCCGCAGUAUCUGUGCUCCAAUACGACUCUAGUGAUAUGUCCUCCCUUUCUUGCGAGGCACUGGGAGGCGCAGCUGGAGCAGUGGUUUGGCUGGCACCACCUACCCCCUUCUGAGCGUGUGAAGGUUCUUGUGUUUGAGCGGCCAGCAGAGCUAGCCUCUGUUUCUCGAUUCGACAUCGCAGCGAGUGACAUUGUGGUGGUCACCACUAAUGUGCUGACAAAGGAAUUUAGCAGGUGCCUCGCCAAUCCUCUAGAGACACCUGAGCAGCAAAAGCAGCAGCCACGACGGCGCUCUGAGUGUCUGGCUUCUGGUGCAGCAGCAGAAGAACGCUUUUGGGAUCAACUUAUGCUACGUGACGAAGAGAGUGAAGGCAUAGACUCAGAGGAAAUGACGCUUCUGCAGCGGCUAGCGAGCGUCAUGCCGAGAGAUCAGCAACAGAAGCUGGCUUCUGUGCUCAAACGGCGGAGUCGGCAGCCUCAGAGCAGUCUUUUCACCUCACCUGGCUCUGCAGCCGGUGCCAGAGGCAUUAGCCGCAUUCAGUGCGCUAAAUCGCCGCUUCUAGGAGUUCACUUUGAAAGAAUUGCAGUUGAUGAGGGGCAUAGGCUCGCUCAGAGUGGCAGUCUGCACGUCCAGCUUGCCUGCACACUGCGCGCCAACAAACGGUGA